AAUCGAUACGCCUGCGAGCUUGUCCUGUACUACUCUUCUACUAUGCGACAGUAAGUCGCGUGGUUAUGACACGAUCGUUAGCCUAUUUUUACAAAAACGUCUGCUACGGAGCCAUAACAUGAGUUAGAAGUCCAUGGAGACUUUUAUACAUUGUCGUGUUUCUUUAGAAAUAAAGAAUGGACAAAUAGAGUCGUUAAACGCGUCAGAUGUAAAGUUAUUCGCUGUCAAAGGAACGUCAAAAUGAAUGGCAGUCAAUGGAAUGCCAACGGCGGGGGCAUUUUCACGAAGUGAGGCUUCAGCGUAAAGCGAUACAAACACAGGAACACCUCCAUCAACAGUUUUAUCCGCUGGACUCUCUGGAAGGUUUGAAGCGAUGUCGUCCGUGUGGCAGCAGGAGCCGACCGGUUAUUCCCCCUGCGUAGAGAUCGACUCCAGCUCUGUCAGGUGCAAAGACAGGCUGACCUCUCCGAUCUGGCUGAAACAGGAACAAGACGACCUCCGCAUCAUCAAGUGGGAGAACUUUCAAACGGGAGCCUCGGCAGAUGCUGUUCAGGACAACACACCCAGCAGUGCCAUGUCUGCUGCCUCACAUCAGGAAAGCCUGCCCCCGCGGGUGGUGCUGACCAUCACCAAGCUCCAGUGCAUGCUGGAGAGCAAACAGGAGCGCAUCACUGCACUGGAGAAGCAGGUGGAGGACCUGAUGCAGGACCGCAAGUUCCUGAGGAGCCAGAUUGAAAACCUCACAAGUAACCGCACCAUGCCAACCUUUGCAUCACCCAGUCCAGUAACUGAAGCUCCUAAACCCAGCAAAGUGCAGCACUCGGAAAACAAAUCUCGGAAGAGAGAAAAAGCUUCUUCUUGUUCCUCUGACAGCAGCAACAGCGGCUCUGAAGCGUCGGAUUCGUCAGAAGUUUCAGCGGCCUCAAGUGAAUACAGAAGGAAGAAACACCAUAAGGACAAGAAAAGAUCAAGGAAAGGGAAGGACUACAGCAGGAAGAGGGCCACCGGCGUCCAGUAUGUCAUCCACCGCUACAAACAAGUCCUAUCAGCCUUCAUCAAGAAGAAAAGCAUGAGCGAAGCCUUCCGCCAUCUUGGAAUCGACAGGAACACCAUCGCCAACACGGCAUCGAUUGCCGAGCUGCAUCUGGCCGGCAAAGACAUGGUCCCCCUCGUGGGCAUGUUUCGCCAAGGAGAAGAGACUCUGGUCAGCUACGCCAACAGGUGCACACUGGUCAUUGACAGCGACGCUGACCUGUCCAGGAAAAUAGACCAUAUGAAAGCUAGCGGCGAGCUUCUGCCCAUCGCAGGGAAAAGGCAGAGGUUGUUGCAUUCUCACAUGCAGCAGAUGGGGGGGACAGCAGAGAGCAUUUUAUUAGGUUGAUGAGUUUCUAAUUGUAUGUGGCUGGGGUGAAACAGAAUGCCUUUUACAAAAACAUUUUCCUUUGUUUUCCCACCAAAAUUGAUUUUUAUGUUUUAUGUAGCACUUUUGCCCUUUUCUUAAAUUGAUUUAGUUAUUUAAAUUGAUUUAGUAAAUUAUUUUCAGACUGUGCAUUUCAGGAUCUAUAAGUUGCCCUUACAACUGCUUUCACUGAAGAGCAGAAGUGUGUGUACUAUACGAAACACCCACAAGAUGGCAGUGCUCACAUAUUAGAUCCUUUUUACACAGCACUUUUCUUGUCAUUUACUCCAAAAUGGUGGAUUGUCAAUUUCCAUUUUCCAGCACCUUGUUUUUGUGGAGGCGUAACUUUUCUGUUAAUAGAACAGUUGUGAAAAAUGAUUUUGUUGACAUUAUCCUGUGAUUCUUAUGCUGUAAAUGAACUGAACGAUUUCAAAACUGCGUUUGUGGCAAAGUGUGUUAAUGUUUCUGACCUGCCAACAAAUGAAAACAGUUUUUCAUACAGAGAUAUCAGUGAGUUAUGUUGCCUUUGCUUUUAUCCUUUUAGAUUUAUUUUUUUUUGGGGGGGGAGGCUUUUCUCUUUAUUUGAUAGUGACAGUGGAUAGACAGGAACGAUGGGAAAGAGAUGGCAGAUGACACGCAGCAAAGGACCGCAGGUUGGAUUCGAACCCUGGGCCGCUGCAAAGGACUCCAUGGGGAGGUCGCCCUGUUUUUACAUUGCAUCACAUCAACUCCAAAUGAUAUAACCUCUGUCUUUUGUGAGCUGAAAUGGGAUUGACAACAAAUGAAUUGCAGAACAAAUGUGUAUUUAAUUUGC